GAUUCUGACAAGAAAGAAGAGAAGAAACAUCAUCAUCAUCACAAACACAGUGAAAAAGACUCAAAAAAAUCGGACAAGAAAGACAAAAAAGAGAAGAAAGAGAAAAAGGUAACAUCCACUCAAGAGGACAAAGAACCUUCAAAAGAAGAAACCAAAGAAGUAGAGACUACAGAAGAGAAGAUUACUAAAAAGGACAAGAAAGAGAAAAAAGAGACUCAACCAAAUAAAUUGAAAGAAGAAGAAACCCCAAAUGAAGAAGUUGAUUCUUUUUUCCAAGAAGAGAAAAAAGAACCAACUAAAAAAAACCACCAAAGAAAAGGUGCUUGGACUGGUGGUAAAUUUGGAGACUUAAGUGGUGUUGGAGAAAACAUCGAUAGACGUAACAAGUCGAGAUACGCUGUUGACGCUUAUGGAGAUGUCGAGACUAUUCCAAACGCAGCGCGUACACUUCACCAGACCAAAGGAAAGGGUUUCCAGAAAUCGAAGACCAAAUUGAAAAAGUCCGAUUUCAAAGGAACUAUUGACGACACAGACGCUGGCAGUAGUUCAUUCUUCUUUUGA